AUGUCGCAAUUCCAGCUCAGUUUGGCCACGCGGGCCAACCAGGCCUUGCUGCUUCCCGUGCUCUUCGUUGCUACCUCCAUCAAUGAGGCACGCCCGAGCCCAGUGAUCACCAUCACCUAUGAGGAUACCGCUGUCCUCAAUGAAGGAGAGAACGCCGUCGUCCAGUUCACCGGUGCCAGUGGAACUCCUGUUUUCGGUACCCAGAAAGUCAUUGAGGAACUGCGCAACAGUUUCCCUUACUUGACCAGCAAGGACGACAAACUGGAGAACCAGUGGCUUUCGCAGCUCGAGUCGUUCACUGUACUCGAUUUCAAGGCCCUUGACCCUCAACUCCAAAGCCUCGAUACCCACCUCUUACUUCGAUCCUUUGUCGUUGGAUACUCUCUCUCCACCGCCGACAUCGCUCUGUGGGGUGCCAUUCGGGGCAACCGCGUCGGUGUUGCUGCAAUCAAGAAGGCAUCUUUGGUCAACUUGACCCGUUGGUUCCGCUUCUUGGAGGAGCUGUGCCCCUGGACCACCUCCGCCCUUGAGUCCUUGAACGCAGCAGCCAAGGAGAAGAAGGCUGCUAAGGCCAAGGAGGGUGCAAGCUACGACAUUGCCCUUCUCAACACUGACAAGGGUGUCGUGACCCGAUUCCCCCCCGAGCCUUCGGGAUACCUUCACAUUGGUCACGCCAAGGCCGCACUUCUCAACGACUACUUUGCGCAUGAGAAGUACACCGGUACGCUCCUUGUCCGUUUCGAUGACACAAACCCUUCGAACGAGAAGCAAGAGUUCCAGGAUGCUAUCAUUGAGGAUCUGGCACUCAUGGGUAUCAAGCCUGAUAAGAUGAGCUACACUAGUGAUUAUUUCGACGAGCUCUACGAGUACGGUCUUCAGAUUAUCAAGGACGGUAAUGCCUACGCCGAUGACACGGAUAAGGAGACCAUGGCCCACCAGAGAUUCCACGGAGAGCCCAGCAAGCGCCGUGAUGCCUCUGUCGAGGAGAACCUUGCUCGUUUCGAGGAGAUGAAGCAAGGAACUGAGGAGGGUACCCGGUGGUGCAUUCGCGCCAAGAUGUCGGUUGACAACCCCAACAAAGCCAUGCGUGACCCUGUUAUCUACCGUUGCAACCCGGCACCCCACCACCGUACCGGUACCAAGUGGAAGGUCUAUCCGACUUACGAUUUCUGCUGCCCUAUUGUUGACUCGAUGGAGGGAGUUACCCACGCUCUUAGAACCAUCGAGUACCGUGACCGCAACCCGCAGUAUGAGUGGAUGCUUAAUGCGCUCAAGCUCCGGUCUGUUCAGAUCUGGGACUUUGCUCGCAUGAACUUCAUCCGGACUUUGCUGUCCAAGAGAAAGCUCACCAAGCUUGUCGACCAGGGAGUUGUCUGGGGAUGGGACGACCCUCGUUUCCCCACCAUCCGUGGUAUCCGUAGACGUGGCAUGACAAUCCCCGCUCUGAGAGAGUUCAUCCUUAAGCAGGGACCCAGUAAGAACAUCACCAACCUCGACUGGACUCUCAUCUGGGCAACCAACAAGAAGUACAUUGACCCGGUUGCGCCUCGCCACACCGCCAUCCUCAAGAAGGACAUUGUCAAGGCCACCAUCACGGGAGCCCCUGCUGCUUAUACUGAGGAGAAGCCAAAGCAUGGCAAGAACCCCGCUGUCGGUGUCAAGAAGGUCGCCUUCAGCGGCUCGGUCGUUUUCGAGCAGGAAGACGCCAAGUCGUUCAAGCAAGAUGAGGAAGUUACUCUCAUGAACUGGGGUAAUGCUAUUGUUCGCAAGAUCGAGACUGACUCUUCGUCUGGCCUCGUCAAAGAGCUGGAGCUGGAGCUUCACCUGGAAGGUGAUGUUAAGAAGACCGAGAAGAAGGUUACUUGGUUGUCUACGGAGGGCCAGGAGGUCGUUCCCGUUGAACUGGUGGACUUUGACUACCUCCUCAACAAGGACGCUCUUCAGGAGGAUGAUAAACUUGAGGACGUCCUGACCCCCAAGACUGAAUUCAGAGAGGACGCUGUGGCUGAUGCCAAUGUGACCGAGCUGAAGGAGGGCGACAUCAUUCAGUUUGAGCGCAAGGGCUACUACAGAGUCGACCAGCCCUCUGCUCCAGGAAAGCCCGCCGUUCUGUUCAACAUCCCUACCGGCAAGGGUGGAAAAUAA